AUGCAAGAAGAACCUUCUCCCUCUCUGAUUCUCAUUGAUUUCGACCCAAGCUUCCAUCCUCAUGUACACUUCCGCUAUGAAAGCUUACUGAAACGAAAAUUCCAAAUGCAACAACAAGGAAUGAUCAAAUAUCUCGAAUAUCGACACGCCAUCCUGACCAACGGCCCAGUCCAUUACCAUCCCUCCGAACUUGCUAUUUUUACAAAUGCACUCUCUAACAUGUUUCUUCCAGUUGAAUUCAUGAAUGACAAAUUAUUCAUGAUGGAAUUCGUGGAACGUCAUGGCUAUGGACUGCAAUACGGCUCGCAUGAAUUGCAAAAAGAUGCUCAAGUGAUCAUGGAGGCUUAUCGCAAAGCUUGUCAUGAUGAAAAAAAUGUUCAACUCUGCAACAGAAACAAUCGGGAGCUGUUUGUACAGCAUUUACAAGCAUUUCUUCCGAAAGAAUCUACCCAAUACCAAGACUUGAUAAUGGCUUUAUCGUCGACGGAUCAAAGAGCAGCACUCAAUGAAUGUACUAAGGUAGAUAACGACAGAGAAUAUGCACCCAAAGAGAAUGUACUACCGAAAACAAACGAUUCUCUAGAAGAAGUAUUGAAACAAUAUACAAAUCCUUCUGAUAAACAACAAAGAAUAGAGGUUUUAAAGAUUCUCAAGCAAGAUGGAAUGGCUUUACAAUAUGCAACAGAAAAAUUUAAACAAGAUUUUGGAACUGUAAAAGCAGCAGUGCGACAAAAUGGAAAUGCCUUUGAAUAUGCUUCUAGAAAUGUGAAAAGAAACAAAGAAACUGUUUUAUUUGCAUUGAACCACGGUGCUUUGUUUAAAUGGGUUGAUAGAGAAUUGUACAAUGAUCGGGAUAUUAUUUUGAAAGUAGCUCAACAAGGACAAAUUGUCGAUUUUACACAUUUCAGAAAUGAUAGAGAAAUUGUUUUGGAGGUUAUGAAGCAUCAUGGAAAGUAUUUAAAUAAUGCAUCUGAUGAACUACGUAGGGAUCGAGAAGUUGUACUUUACGCAGUGAAAAGUCACUACUCUGCAUUUUUGUAUGCUUGUCAUGAGCUGAAAAAAGAUCCAGAAAUUGCUUUAACUGCCAUUGCCCAUCUCAACACUGCUCUUAACAACAACAACACUAUGGACAUCUCUGACUUGACAUGGUGUGAGAAAGAAAUUUGCUGGCGCAUGAUUCGUGCAAAAUAUGAUCAUCCUCUGAAAUAUGCUUCUCAAGCUCUCUUGAAUGACAGGAAUUCAUUUGGAAAGCUAUUGAAAUAG